UGGCGUGAAGAGUUAGGUAAUGUUCCAGGUUCCCAGCAGGGCUGUCUCGGGUUCACUUCUGCCCCCCUUCUCUCAGGGCAUACACACAGAGACGUCGGACAGCGCUGUCACUGAGGCAUGCUGCCGCUCGGCCGUCACAUCCUACAACCACCACCACCAUGGGCGAGUGCAAUAACUGUACGCGGGAACGGGCUUUAACCGGAGAGGACGACGUGACUGUUGCGUUUCACAAAGUUGUUAGCCAUGACAACCAGAACCAGUUCUACAACCACCAAAAAGAAGAAGAGCAUGGCGAUGACGAGCAGACAGAUGAAACAGUUCAUCUACGAAUUAACUAUGUUAAGGAUGAAGAUGUUGAAGAGAAGCACCGGGCGAGAGGAAGCGAAACUGUGCUAGAAGGCGGCGAGAAGAAAUCGCUAUUAUGUGUGCUACCGGCGUUUUGCACGAGAAGCAAGGAGACCGCAUCUUCCGAAGGAAAACCACCAGAGGAGAAACCAAAGAAAUGUCCUGGUCUGGGUCUGUUCUAUGCUUUCCUGGCUACAGUUCUGUUCUCCAUCAUCGCCCUGCUGGUGAAAACCAUUGAGGGAAUCCAUGCCAUUGAGAUCAGCACCAUUCGCUGCUUCUUCCAGAUGCUCUUUGUCAUACCGUUACUCAUCUACCACAAGAUAGGUUUCCUUGGUCCCCGAGAUAAAGUUAUUUAUUUGGUGCUUCGGGGUUUCAUCGGCUCCAAUGCAAUGAUCCUUCUCUACUAUGCAGUUCAGCAGAUGCCACUGGCAGACGCCACUGUCAUCAUGUUCAGCAAUCCAGUCUUUACCUCAAUCCUGGCAUGGGUAUUCCUCAAAGAGAGAUGUACAAUCUGGGAUUGCGUGUUCACUGUGUUCACCCUCACCGGGGUCAUCCUCAUCGCUCGCCCGCCGUUCCUCUUCGGCGAGCAUGUCAGCGGCAUCGAAGGCAACUACACUAACCAUGUCAAGGGAACUUUGGCCGCCUUCGGAGGUGCAAUUGCAGCUGCUUUCACUUUUGUCAUUCUGCGAAAAAUGGGGAAGAGCGUUCAUUACUACCUCUCCGUGUGGUACUACGCCGUCAUCGGCCUUCUCGAGUGCAUUAUCACCACAUCUGUCCUGGGCGAGUGGAAUCUCCCGUUCUGUGGUCGAGAUCGCUGGAUAUUGAUGCUUAUUGCUGUUCUGGGCAUCACUGGCCAGACCUUCCUCAUUAAGGCGCUGCAGCAUGAGAAGGCCGGACCCGUGUCCCUGAUGAGGACAGUGGACGUAGUGCUGGCCUUUUUCUUUCAGUUUGUUUUCUUUCAUCGUACGCCGACCUGGUGGAGCCUUGGGGGGGCGCUGUGUGUCGUGUUGAGCACCAGCGGAGUUGCAUUUAGAAAGUGGUAUAACAGCUCCCACAAGAGCUGAGAGAAGGAAUGCAGAAGUUUGCUUAUACUCAUCGCCUCCCCUUUAUGAGAAUUGCUAUGUUUUUUUGUUUUUUGGGUGGUCUGUAUUAUUAUUAUUAUUUUUAUUUUUUUUAUUUUUUGUGGAAGGUGGAAGACCAUUCCAGAAGCUUAAUGUUAGUUCAAUGUUUGAACUUUUGGAACAUUUGGUUAUAUUAAAAGUAUCAAUAAUGUAGCUGUUGAUAUUAGAUGAUGUUGAUUCAUUUGGUGGGAGAAGUGCCUCUAUUAUUCCACUUAGUUUGUGCAAUGCACUAAUAUGUGUAGAAGUGAGACAAUACCACACCAUGAUGCUGCCCCCCACCACGCUUGGCAGUUGGUAUAUUAUUUUUGGGUUUGAAGACCUUACCAUAGGCCUUAGUUUCUUGUUCUUUUUUUACAAGCUUACAGUUUUUUUUAUAUAUAUCAGAGGUUUAAAGUUUGGGUUAGGUGGUUGAAACUUUGGAUGUUACAACUAGACAAUAAUGCACAACAAACAUCAGGACAUCAUAAAUAAAUAAAGAUGGCUUACAUUCAGUUCCUGAAAUAACCGGAUCACGGUUAUUUCAGGAACUGAAUGUAGUUACAAGCCACAGAACCAGCCAGAAAUUGGGUUCAAAACUUAAUUUGAAAAUGACUAGUUUUAUAUGCUGUACAGCUAAACUUAGAAAAGGAAAAGUCCAAAAUUGAUGUCCAUACUUAUGUUGUGUAUGCAAACUUCUGACCAACUUUUUACUAUUUUACUUUAUAGUUUUCCUUUUUAUAACUUUCAUGUAUCUUUUUAGUUUACUUUAAAUGCAAACAAGAGGAGAUGCAGACCACAUUAACAGGGUCACGUAUGAUAAAUUAAAAUUUAGAAGCAAUUUCAAUAUAUUUAGGCAUGUUGAUUUCAAGAGUCAACCUGUGUAGACUCUUUAAAAGCACAGUAUUGUUAGUUUUUAUUUUGCUUAAAAUAAUAUCUGCAGGGAAUGACAAUAAGAAAAGUCUUUAAAAGCUGCAUCCUGCUUCCUUGAAGCCUUCCUGAAUGAACUGAGAAGUUCUAAAAGUCUAGUUGAGUGAAACCGUUUUAAAAAAUGCCCUCUCGUAUUUUUCUCUAACUUGUACAGAAGCUCCAAAUAUAGACUGGGACCAUGUUUGUUGAAUCACAUUACUUAGAAAAAUACUAGCUUUCAUUUUAAAGCGAUUUGCACAAGGUGCUACUGAAUAGUUAAUCCAAUACUGUAUAUAUUAACAAUUUUUCCCUGUGAAUCUGGGUUAUUUAUGAGCAGUGGCUAAAAACUAUAUCCUGAAAACAGGGUUGCUCUCCCUGAGUCCCUAAGAGGUUUAAAAUAUUUUCUUAAAUAUGCACAGAUUAUAAUUACAUAUUAAUAACAUCCAGUUAUUUUUUUCAUUACUGUAGUGCAUAUAAAGUGCCAUUAUGUAGGGAAAUUGUGUAAAUAAAUAUAUAGUUGUAAUCAUAAGACAGCAAUAUUUUGGAUCUGUUGGCACCUCUAUUAAAGGUAUCUAAAAUACCUUAAAAUAAAUCCAUCAUUCAUUAAUGUUGGUCAUUUUACACUUUUAAAUGAAUGUAUCCAAUUUCUUUCUGAGAAAAGCAUAAUACAGCACAGAAAACAUUUACUCUACUUGAAUUAUAUAUAUUUUUUAGAAGCAUCUAUUUAAGGUUGGAUUUUGUUCCCUAUGUAAUAAAAUAAACUAAGGUCAAAUUAGUUUUUCUACUAUUUUCAGGUUGGAGAUUUUGCUAUUUAAUAAUAAAAGAUGAAUUUAUUUAAAGGCUUUUUUUUUUUUACAUUUUUACCAGCAGUGGCAAUACGAUAAAAGGACCCUGUAAUCUGGCUGUAGAAUAUCUUUUAUAGCGAGAUACUUUUCAGGUCAUACUGAUUUUUAAUCAUCAGCAUAUCUCUCAGGUCUCUUAGCUAGCACUUUAAGAUCAUCUAAUAAUCUAUGCAAAACUGAAGUAGCUCAGAUGUUUUGUGUAGAUUUUUCUUCUCAGAUAAAAUAAUCUACUCUAAACAUGGCACUACAUCAUCAGCUUUGCAACUUUUGCAACUCAAUGAAGCUUUGUUGAAAGAGCUCUAUUAGAAGUAAUGCUGCGGAAAAGAAAAGUAUUCAAUUAGUAAAGCAAAACUUUCUUGCUUUUACCUUCACUUAAAAUAAAAAUAACAAAACCAGUUCAUUUUAAAACUGACUCAGGGUCUGAAAUGUACAUGACAUUUGACUGACUUUGAACAUUUAAGUUAGUUCAUUUGCCAUCGGUCUAUUUAAAUGGUUAAAAAUACUUGAUACACAGUUUUCUAUUAAGUGUCUCUAAUCAGAGCAGUGCUAAAAGCCAAUAUGUUUACUUAAAUGGAUUGUAAAAGGUUGCCUUGUGUGUCUGUGGAGAAAUGUUUGUUCUUAUCCAUAAGCCUUAUUCUUAAUGCACAGUUUGUUAUGCAGUGCUAUAGCUUUAAGUGUCUCAGCACAGCUUUAAUCUUUUAUUUGACAGAGUUUAAUCCGGAAUAGUGUAAAAGUGAGAUGAUGAGAUUAGUGAUACCUCACUGCUACUUAAUAUCCUGAAAUUUCUUCGUCAACAUUUGUUUUUAAUGUUCUUUUAUAAACUUUAUGUACAUGUUAGACCUACAAUGGUCGGCACAUACGCACAGGUUAAAUUGGUCUCUUUAUGCAGUAAAUCCUAUCACAAGUCUUUGAAAUAAGAGUUUGCACAUUUCAGCUUUAUUAAAGUCUUUGUUUCCCAUGUGCCUUCUCAAAGAAGGAAAACUGAAAAAAUGUGUAUGUAAGAUGCGUGUUGCAAGUGGUCACUUUAACAAGCAAAGUUAAUGUUAUAGGGUUUUCACUCUAUGAAAGUUGAAAACCCUGUAUUAGUGACUCAAGAGUUAUCUGAUUGUUGUUUAAUUUGCUGUGGUUUUCUUUAAUGACAUGUAAUGUUAAAUUGGAACAUUUCAGUUAAUCAUUAAAUUGCUGCCUAAACAACAACUGGGAUAUACAAUUUUAGAAAAGCGAAAUGUUUUCGUAAAAUGUUAGAAAAUGCACUGGACCUAUAAACCCAGUAACGCAGUACUUAGGGUAUUUUAUACACAGCUUUAAAACUUUUUACUAUUUCUGUAUGUAAAUCAACAUUUGUUUGAGAUGUAUACAUUUCUUCCUGGUGGUAGAUUACUUUUAGUAUAUCAUAUUUCCAUAAUAAACUUUUUAAAUUCAGA